UCAGUUACCUACCCGUCUUGGAUACCCUAGUUUCACCGUUAAGAAACAUCAACAUAGUAACCCGGGAAAGGCAACCUGAGAGGCGGGUAGCAACAUUUCUUUCUAGGAACCUCACGGCUGACCUGGAUAUCUGGUUGCCUGGGCAAACCCAGAGACAACAACAAUGGGUGCAUGUCGCUAGAAAAAGUUGCUAGCUUAGUUGGCACAACUGUUAGCUAACAUUGGUUUGCUAACGUUAGCUGGCUAGCGUUAGCAAACAGACAGCUGAAGAACGAAACUGAAGAAGUCCGGAGAAGUUAGGAUUUUCUUAUCACGAGGAUGUCAGCAUGAAUGUGGACAUCUAGACACGUCGGAUCGUUUCCCUAAAGGUGAAUGGGAGAGAUGAGGAGCAGCAGGAGGACUGAGGUGUCGCUUAAAAGCUCUGCUCAGCAGCUCACAGAUCACAAUAUUAGCGCAGAGCUGACAACUGCAUGGAAAAGUUUGGCUCAGUCCAAAGCUGCUUUGCGGCAUAUAGAAAACCGUCUAGAGGCAGCUCCAGGGACGGGGGUUCUCCUGGACUCUGUCAUGGACCCCCCCAAGAAGAAAUCCUCCAGGACGGUUCGCUGCAGGGAGGGACAACAAGCUGAUGACAAUGGGGGGUCUUCAAAGCGCAGGGGGCGUAGUCAGCAGAGUCCAGAAAAGAGCAGCUCACGCAGCCCACUAAGAAAUACCACCCAGGACAGCAAUGUCUGCAGGAACAACAGCGUGGAUUUCAGGGAACAGCUGGCCUCCUACAGAGAGGCCACUCCUCCACCACAUCCCUCCUCUCAGCUGGAGGCCUACAGUCUGCAGUCAGUGCCAGGGUCUUCGUACCCAUCCUCUCCGCCUCCCUCAGAUCCUCUGCCCAGCCAGCUGAUCUACCAGAGAGACACCAGGGAGAAACAGACGGACAGGGACCUGGACAGCACGCACUCCUCGGCUCUGGAGCGCACCGAGGUCCGCUACCUCAAUGACCAAUCAGCCCUGGUCACCCUGAGGACUACUGGAAACCAGUCACAUCUCACAGGUGUAAGAGUCCCUGCAAGGGAGGGGACUGAGGAGGAAAGCACGCCCAAAGCACAACUUGGCAUGGAUAGCCAAGCGUCAAGCCCAUGUCUAGCUCCAGCCCCGGGCUCCAUACGCCGAGGGGAGAGCACUCCCUCCACCAGCCCUGGCUCAGCAUCCCAGCGGUUGGAGAAUCUAAGGCGACAUCAGCCUGAUGAUAAGCUGGAGAAGCUCAAAGAGCGUAUUCGCAGGCAAAGACAACAUCUGGAGGAGGCUGCAGAGAGAGAGAAGCUGCUGGGUUAUCUGGAACAGCCCGUUGUGGCAGCUGUGGGGAGUGACAGUGCUGGUACUAGCAACAUGCCCACAGCCAAAAUACGGAAAGUAGCAGCUGCACCGCCUGCACCUAUAUACAAAGGUUUCAACAGUACUGAGACAAAGAUCCGGACUCCUGAUGGGAAAGUUUGGAAGGAGGAGGAGUUUCAUAACCUCAGCAGAGAAAUAUACAGAGACCUGCCACGACAGUUUGCUGAGAGCACCAGAUCCAGGCAUCCGCAGCAGAGGUCCAAAGAGAGGAGGCCUCCCAAACCAGUCAGGAAGGUCCAUAGAGCUGCCCCUUCCUCUGACCUAAAUGCAAAACCAGUGAUAAGUCCUGCAUCGUGGCGAGAGGGCCAAAAGCUGGUAAAGAUGGUACUUGGUCCAGUUCCCAAGCUGCCCAGGGAGAAGGACAGGCCCAAUCCAGCUGAUGGACUGAGCAGAAAAGCUUCCCAUCACUGUUCCAGUUCAGACCCGCGCUCAGAAUCAAACCCACGGUCUUGCCCUCACAGCACAGAAAGGCCUCGUAGUGGAUUUCAGGGGCAAGCCAAAAGCCACUACACAACCACAUCUACCCCCUCAUCUGCAGAUCGGGACAAGUCCCCAGUGGGUGUAAGCACGGACCUGUUGUCAGCAGACAUCCAGGGGAUACUUGAUGACCUUCAGCUGGAGUGCAAAGCAGCAGAAAGGGAGGAGAGGGCCCGGCAAAGGUCCCGGGGUGGGAGCAGUGGUAGGAGAGGGAGAGGGGGAUCAGGGUCACGAACAAGGACUCCAGUCUCUGUUUGGGGAACUACUAUGGCAACAGGUAGCUCCUCAAGAGGCUGCCGCAGUGCCAGCCCCACUACACACCGACCAGAGACUGCCACCACGGCUGACACAGGGCACAAAAAGCGACACUAUGAUGCAGAUACUGUUCGCCAGUACAUUUCCAGGCAACAAGAGGAGAGAAAGAGGCGUCAAGCAGAAGAGAAGAGGGCACUGAGGGAGGAGGCAGAGAGGAGAAACCAGAGAUUGCAGGAGCUCUACAGGAAGCAAAGAGAAGUGGCUAAAACAGUGGCCCUUCCCAGCGAGGCACCUGUGGCCCCUGUGCAAAAGCGACUACAGGAGACCUACAACAAACUGCUGCUGGAGGAGGCCCAGCUGGGCGAGGAGGCCACACAGACGCAACCUGCUGCUCAUUCUAGUCAAAUGAGAGUGAUGUACCAGCCCUCAGGAGAGUCAGACAAAGAGAACAAAAGACUAGAGGCACCACAGAGCCCCUCAAGCAGUGACAGGUCUUUGAAUGAUCAGCCACCUCCUCCGUUAUCCAGGAAUGAUCUGGAUGUUGGAGUUGCCUCUUUGCUUCAGCCUGACCGUCUGAGCCCAGCUGUUCGACCUACGAUGGGUCCCAGCAGCAGUACACUAGCCCCUUUUGGUGACCAUCUCCUCUCUCAACUUCUCAGGCUGGAGACUGCGGUGACAGCUAGUGACAUCAGCCACACCCAGCGGCCAGCCACAGCACCUUCCAACAGGUCGCGCCGCAUUGAGGCCCUCAAGGCCACAGCCGCAUCCCUCUCAAAUCGUAUAGAGAGUGAGGCACGGAAGCUUGCUGGGGAGGGGAUCGACUACGGUACAACAACAUCAAUGGACGUGGAUACUAUUUUGGCUCCUAGGCCCUCUCAAGCUAAUCUUGAUGAUGGAUGCUGGGCAGAAACAGCUGGCACAGAAAAUAAUGAUGUGGCGUUGAGGAUCCAGAGGAUUUUGACUAGCACGGGUCAUAGUUCAUACAAUGGCGUAGCUCUCCCAGGAACAGGCAAUCUGCACGCCCUAAGGGGACAUAAAGAAAAUAAGGGUACACACACCAAUUUGACCAAUCCACAAACAACUUCUGCUGGGCCUAUUCUCAACAGUUAUACACAUGAAAAGAGGAAGCUAGUCAAUGGCUUGGAAAAGGUGGAGAGAAUGGAUAAAAUGGCACAAAGGAGAGGAUAUGGAUUGAUAGAGGAUAAGAAUCAGACAGAUCUCCAUGACUCAAGUGCCGGUUCCAUCAGUGAGGGUCCUCUUCUGAGUGAAGGGAGUUUUUCUGAGGAUGAGGUAAGCCCUCCUCACCCCUCCAACAAUCGUGUACCUAGACCAGCAGAUCGCCUGGAGGCAGUGGACUACUGUGCAGGUCAAAGAAGGGAUUACCAGCGGUUGUCAGAGUUCCAGAGGGAGGCAGCGAGGUGCUCAGCCCUUAGCUCACCCUUUGCGCAUAAUGAUGGCAGCAAAGCAGCAUGGGAGGAGCUGAACAAAGGAAGCCCUCUAAGCGUUAUCAACAUUUUCACAAAGAACCUUCAUGGCCAUGCUAAAGUGAGUAAGAGGAACUCUCCCUCUGCCCAUUCUUUGCACUCUGGAAAUGGCCCCAUAGAAGCAGCAGUCUAUGAAGAUGACUUUGUGUCAUCACAUAGCAGCGGAGCCAGUGGCCAGUUAAAGAGAGGCUCCAAUUCACGCAGUGUGAACAGUCAUUUUGAGGAGCUGAUGAGGAGGUCUCCUUAUGAGAAUAGUACAGGAGGCAUCAAUUCCCACCAUUCAUCCUUUCACUCAUCUAUUCACUCACCGCAUCUUUCCUCUGGUUCACCAUCUGGCUCCUCACCCUUCUCCAAGCACUCUGCCAAAAAACGAGGCACAGCAUCAGACCAGAGUGAUACCACUCUGGUGGAAGAGCAGAGGAGCUCCUGCUCACCUCCCUCAGAGGUUUUGUCCUCUGACUCAAGGAAGAGGGGGUCAGACAAAAGCUCUGCCCACAGCCAGGCCAAGAGUGUCCAAUCUAGUGACACUUUAGGGGAAACUUCUCACCACAGUUUGGGACUUGACGGUAAGAAGUCUUCAGCAGCCAGGCCCAAACAGGCUUCUCCUUCUGGCUCUUCAGACCCUGGUUCUCCUCCAGGAGUAGACUCACCCAGGGAGCCUGUGAGAAGUGGCUCUCUGGGGGCAAAUAACCCAACCACCACAGCUCGCAGUGGUAGAGCAGAGACCAAGACCACGGGUGAACUACACUAUUCGCCUGCUGUCUUGCAGCAGCGUAUGGCUGCAGAGCUCCACUACCUGGAGUCCAUCGAGGAGUCAGUCCGACAGCUGGGGGACGUGGAGAGGCUGGUGGGUGUGUCCAUGGCUCAGCAGGAGAGCGCGUCAUUGGCCCAGAUGCUCAAGGCCAAGCAGCAGCGCCAUGAGCGUGACCUCUACGAGUUGAAGAUCAAGGCUGAAAGGGAAGCACUGGAGACACAGCUACAGCUGGAGGAAAACAGGCAGAGAGUGGCCAGGGCUCAUAUAGAACUGCAGGAAAGCUUGGCAGGAACUCAAAAAGAGACUUUGGAGGGUCUCCAGGAGGCAACUACAAAGAUGAUGAGUCAACAGGCUGAGGCAGCACGGUACACAGCCGAUGCUGCCCGACACAUCAAGGAGAUGACAGAAUUGGCACGGUCGCAGAUAGCAGGAGCUCUGGUUGUCCCCCCUGUUGCUACUGAUUCCUCCAUGUUGGACGAGCAGAAGGAACAGCAAAGCUCCUAUUCAAACCAACAACAGGACAAAAUUGACUCUGACAGCUUCCAGAGUGAGGAGUCAAGCAGAAGGAACAGGCCAGAGGAACCCAUGUCAUCACUGAACAGCCUGAGUCACUCUGACUCUCUAUCCUUCAGGAGACCCAACCACAGUGGAGCAGAGUCAAGCAGCCACCAUAGCCCUCCGCAUGUCUCCUCAGACCACAGAGAACGGACGAAAAAAGACGCAGUAGAGGGGAAAUGGAGGAAAGGGGGAGCUGAAGAGAGGACAGACAGGAAAGCAGGCAGCAGCUCCAUAGAGGAGGAAGUUCUUACAGCAGCAAAUGACUCCCUCUGCAGUGACAGCAUCUCCUCUGUAGUGGAUGAGAAAGGAGACAGUACGUCAGUGGCAACAGAGUACUCUCUCAAGUUUGAUGAGUCCAUGACAGAGGAUGAGAUAGAAGAGUACUCCUUCCGCUCUCUGCUGCCGUCUGAGGCGCACCGCCGUGGAACUAAGUCCCGCCACCAUGAAGAAUCAGAGGAUGAUGGAGCCAAUCACAACAGGACAUUGGUUUCAGGGGCACACAAUAUCUUAAAGUCUCAGGAUGCAAACAUGGCCUUUUCUGGUGGACAGGACAGCUUUUCCCAGUUCACCAUGGACAUGGUGCGUCAGUACAUGAAGGAUGAGGAGGUCAGACUGCAGCACCAGAGCUCUCUGCUGCGUCUUCGCCAGAAAGCCCUCAAAGAGAAGACCAGAACUGAGCUGGCCUGGUUAGAGCACCAGAAAAAGAGGCUGAGGGACAAGGGAGAGGAUGACAAAAUGCCACCCAUCAGGAAGAAGCAGAGGGGCCUUCUGUUGAAACUACAGCAGGAACAGGCUGAGAUCAAGCGUCUUCAGGAGGCCAACAAAGCAGCCAGGAAGGAAAGGCAGCUGUUGCUGAAGCAGCAGGAGGAGAUUGAGCGGAUGAGAAAUUCUACACUCAGACUGAGGGAGCGUCUCAAGUGUGCUGGGGGUGAAGCACCACCUGAGACUCCUGUGUCAGAAACCCCUGUGUCUGAGGCAGCCUUCUCCAACAUCAACAGACAUGCUGAUGAUAUUCGCAGCCCCUCUCCGUCGCUCUCCAUCUCUGGAAGUGAGACUAGCAGCAUCAUGCAGAAGCUCAAGAAGAUGCGCUCUCACAUGGAUGAGAAACACUGUUCUACUGUCCACUACUUCUUCUCUGUGUUCACGGCUCACCACUGGGCCUCCCUCAGUGUCUGUCUUCCCAACCUCCACCCUAAAUUCCAGCUCUUUAUCUACAACCAGUUGGUCAGGUUCCUGACAAAGCGGGAGCAGCAGCUGAUGCAGAGGCGUCACCAUGCUGAGGAGUUGCUGCAGUGGAAACAGCGGCUGGACCGGGAGGAGGCAGAGGUCCGUAAGAUGGAAAAGGAGGCCCUGGCUGUAUGGGACAAACAAACAACUCAGGACAAGGACAUGGCAGAGAGUCAGAAAAAGGAGAUCUCCGACAUUAGCCCCAGCCCCAGUCACCAUCACAGCUCAGGGCCCAGAACUGGCAGUGAGAAAGAGUAUGUGAGUGAGGGCGACUGUUCCUCAGCGACACCUGAGUCCAGUAUACACACAGAUGGACUGGGGUCCCAGCAACCAGGAAGCCCAUCUUCAGUACAACCUGCAUCAAUCCCUGAAACACCUUUGGCCUCCGUCCAGAGCAGCCCUGCAAAUUACACCCAGGAGUUCACUUCAGCUUCCCAGUCACCUAGCAGACAAUCUCUCCAGUCUCCAUUCAGAGGCAGCCACAGCCCUGCUGCCUCUCCUUCAGAUGGCAGCAGCAAAACCAAGAUGCAGCUUCGCUCCUCCUCCCGGACCGCCAACCAGGCCCGCACUCAGCCAACUGACUCCCCCAUGGCCGUGCACACUGAACCCAUUUCAGACCAGAGUGACAUAGAGAGCCGUAUCAAGGCCCUGAAGGAAGAACUCAGAAAACGAAAGUUUAUGGCCUACCAGCUGAAAAAAGAGCAGAAGAAGAGGCACAAGGAGCGCCUGAAGGCACAGGAGGCCAGCCUACUCAAGCAGCUGGAGAGCUAUGACAACUUCAUCGAGAAAACUAAGGCAGAACUCAACAAGGAGGCAGACUCAACACCUGAUACAAAGUCCCAGAUCAAAGAUUCCACCUCAAUUGCAGAGCAGUCCAGUAUUAAACCACCUGCUUACAGGUCUGAAACCAGCAAAAUUUCUGACUCUGAAAGGAUGCGAAUUGAUGCUUCAUUAGAUCACAAUGCCCUUCCUCAACCUGAUCAUAGUAGAUCAACUUCAGUGCCUGAGGAAUUGUCUGAUGAAGACCCACCAACAGUCACUCCAACCCCAGUAAAUGGCAGCCCAGAGUGUCCAACCUCAGGACCGAGGAGCCGCCUGUCCACAGAGGGUCUUUUAAGACCUUCCUCUAAGGAAGCCCAGACACAGAUGAUUGAGUCUGGGGAUGAGAACAUUGUGUUUUAUCAAAGAUCUGACAUUCAGGAAGAGCUGGAGGUGGAAGUAAGCUCCAAGUUUGAGGAUCAACAUUCUGAAUGUCUAUUCAAACUAGAAAAGGAAGACAGACUUGACUCCCCAGAGAAGCUCUCUACAUCCAAACAUGUUUCCUCUUCCAUGAGUGAAGAACAUCGAUAUUCUCCAUCUGUUAGCCUAGAACAAGAUAAACAAAUGAAGACAAGGGAAACAUCUGUAGCUGAGGAAGCUGUAAAAUCUAAUAUUGCCUCUAGUAAGUCACAUUCAGCUGCAAUGGACCUCAAAACCUCACCACGUCCAAGCUACAGCGCCUCAUCUAGUGACCAUUCCUGCUCCCCUGACUCGGUUGCCUUCUCUUCAAAGAAGGAGGCACCCAUAAAGGAUGUCGAGGCGUCUUCUCCCACAGCGGAUGGCUAUCAUGAUGACUUUGAGUUGUCAGUGGAUUCUUCACCCAGGGUGGAGCAUCAUAGUUACAAGCUUGCCUCGCAAAUCUCAGUUUCCCCUACGGAGAUCAAGGACCCGAGAAAUGACUCCCCUAGCAGAACCCCACCAUAUGACAGCCAAGAUGAGGAAGUAGAGGAGGAAAUUGCUGAGGAACUCAGUCACCAUUCAGAGAUAAGUGGAGCUAGCCACCAAUCUGGAAGACUGCUAGAUCUUCAUAACCAAACAGAAGACUCCAAACAUGGCAAGGACAUUGUUAAUUCCAACCACUCCCUACCCAUCUCUUCUUUGCAGACCCCUCUCUCUCCUGUUAUAGAUGAAAUGCCAAGUUUUAACAUUGGAGAUCGGGUUCUUGUCGGUGGUGUUCAGCCUGGCACUCUGAGAUUCAAAGGUCCAACCAGCUUUGCUAAUGGCUUCUGGGCUGGCGUGGAGUUAGAUAAGUCUGAGGGGAGCAACAACGGCACUUAUGAUGAGGUGGUAUACUUUGAGUGUGAUGAGAGUCACGGUAUCUUUGCUCCUCCAGACAAGAUCACACACCUGCCAGACAAGUUUGAGAUCUACACAGACACCACAGAGGAUGAGGACUCAUUCUUUGAUGAUAUGUCAGAUAAAGGUGGGGAUAAACAUAAAACAGAUGAGGACAAAUCCCAAAAACAACGAAAUCUGAAGAGUAAAAAUGAACAAACAUCUCGUGAGGUCUAUGGGUCUGGAGAUAAAACAGUUACAGAUGAGUCUGUUCACAAGAGCCAGGCCCCAUUGAAGGUCAGAUCCAACCUCAAUUCACAGCAUUACAAAGAAUCCAAGCAUCCCAUCUCUAAUGGCAACACUAGGGACAUCAUUUUGGAUUUUGAAGAUGCACCAACCACCCUCCUCAUCUCUGACAUGGACAAGAUUGGCCUGGGGAAGCAGAGUCAGGAGAUUACUACCCUUGUUGAGAAAGAAGACGUAGACUCACAACACCAGUUUACCACAGAUAUCAAGGAUGAUAAGGGAGAACAGAAGGACACAGACUUAGUGGACACAUUUGCAGACAAACUCCUCGACAACUUUGUAAAAGACACUGUGAAGCAGUUUGCGGAGAUUAAAAAGGCUAAAGAGCAGAAGAUAGAAGCUGCCAACCAGAUGAAUGGAGACCUGUUUGGUGAAAAUGUUGAAGAGAAAGAAUGGUUCUCUUCAGUGGAACAAAAAGAUGGUCUACCCUUCUUCCUACCUGCAGAAAAAGAGGAGCUGUCUUCUCCAGAGCUGUGUAACCGUCCAGAGAGUCCAGUGUUGGGGGCCAGCGGUCAAGAGGAGCUCGCCAAGCGACUAGCAGAGCUGGAACUGAGCCGUGAACUGCUAGAUGAGCUAGGUGACGAUCAGGACUGGUUUGAUGAGGACUUUGGCCUCAGCUCUCGUAGAGAACUGCAGAGACUCAAACAGAUAGAAGAAGAGGAAGAGGCAAGGCUGGGGAGGUCUGGCUCAUCAGCUGGAACAGCCCGGGGGGGGCUGGUCUCAUCACCAGGUGGGGAACAGCAGGUAAAGACUCCACCUAGACCUGAGCUACCGCUCCCCCUGCCCCCCAAACUACCUGAGCAGCCAGCCAUGGUGGUUCCCCACUCAGCCACAGAGGUGGAGAAGAUGGUCCAUGCUGCCACUCAGGAGAUUUGGGAGCAUUGUGGCCUGGGGAAGGAGGGAGCACUGACCCUUGCACAACUGCCAAACCCCAAACCUUCACAAGAGUAUCUGGGUAAAGAGGCCAGCAGCCAGGACCAGGAGGCCCUCUGCAUCCGCAGCUACAGAAAGGCUGUGUAUGACCUGACAUGGGAAAUGCUUCAGGAGGUCUUUGCUGAGGACCCCAACGCUGAUCAGCCUCAGUGGGUCAAACCACGUCGGGUCAAGUCCUCGUUCUUCCAUAGAGUAAAGACAACAGGGGACAUCACCAAAAUCCAGGAAUUCAUCACAGCAGAAGUACUGAAAAUGUACGGCCUGACAAAAGAUCAGAGCCAGAAGACUGACUGGCAGAAGAUGCUCAAAUUUGGCAGAAAGAAGCGGGACAGAGUUGAUCACAUACUGGUUCAGGAACUCCAUGAGGAGGAGGCCCAGUGGGUCAACUAUGACGAGGAUGAGCUGUUUGUCAAGAUGCAGCUGGCAGACAGCAUCUUUGAUGCUUUGCUGAAGGACACUGCAAACGUGCUGACGCUAAUCUAUGACAAGAGGGCCAAAAGAGACACCCUCUCCUGACAGCUUUCCUGCUUAGAUUUUAAACUACAACCUCUAGCUCAGUCCCCGUCUUUCCUCACCCCAGUGAACUCCAGCCAACCUACCGCCGCUCGGUCUUCCACCAGCUGAUGUGCCAACAGCCACCCUCAGAUGCCUUCGGUCCCAGCAUUACCUCUCAGCUAAAAACAACUCCUACUUAUUUCUAUGACAUUAAUUUGCUGAAUUUGCUUCAGCUAACUGUAGUGGUUAUAUAAUUUGUUCUACACACAAAAUGCCUCUUGAGCAAUCCAGCCUUCUUAAACCUUAACACCAUCUAGUCUCAGUUCUCACCUCCUGGACUGGUCCUUUUGUAAAUGCUAGUUGCAGAAUGAGUAGAUGUUUUGGUAGGAUGGACUGUGCCAUUUGUUAGCGUUUAAAGUCCAUUGAUGCUGCUAAGUUGAUUGUUCCAUAUGGGACUAUAAUACAAAAUCCACCUGGAACAAAAGUAGGUUGUUAUAUUUUGUAUUGAAUCUUAAAGUAAAUAUAUAUAUAUGGAUUCAAAAAUUGUAAUAGAGUAGCAGAUAAAAAAAUAUACAGUGAAGUAGACAGUGACAUGGUGUUGUGUUGGCUUUGCAAUCCAGCACAUUGAAAUUAAACAGUGACUAUGAGGUUAAACUUGUAGCUUUAAUUUUUACAGCCAUAUUGUCUGAUCAGUUUUCAGCCCCCAAUUUUAGGGGUCUGUUAGCCUGCCUUACAUUAAAAGCGGGCUGUAGUCUUAUCACGCACAGAAAUCAGCAGACACGAUUGGUCUUUAAGUACAACAGGCUCAGGUGACUGACUCACUCUUUGGCCCUAAAAUUUCCUUGUAUGCUUUGGCUGUAUGUUUACCGUCAUUGUCUUUAAAUUCAGGGACUAUGUAUAGAAAAAUUAUCCAACACUGGUCAUCCGUUAUGGAUAUGAACACCCUCAAACACCCUUAAAGCUGUGAGUCAGCACAUUUAACUUUAUGAUCAUUAUUGAAUUUCAAAUCCAAUGUGCUGAAUGAGAGCUAAAACACAUCAAAUAUUGUCAGACUGCGCCAUAUUGGAACAUCACUGAGAUCAAAUAUUGUAUGAAACAUUUUGCCUCCAUAAUUAUAUUAUUUAUUGUAUGAAAAUGUUUGAUUAGAGGAGUAAGGAACAUUUUGAAUUGUAAAUGGUCUUGUCAAGAUAUAGCGAACAGAUUUUUAACAUCUAAAAAAUUAAACUGUAAAAAGCACAAACAGAAAUGUGAAUGUGAACAUGGCAAUAUAUUAUGUAGGAGGUUUAAAGAAUGCUAUUGAAACCACAAAGAGGACAUGCUAGGGAAAAAACUGUUUUAAUAUUUAAACAUUGUAGUGUUGAUAAUUAAUUGAAACAGUUCUGUAUGGCUUUUAUUGUGGCCACAACUGUCCAGUUGGUCAAGACAAUCAUUGUGUCCCACAUUUUGAAGCAUACACUGUGUACUAAUGUUAACAGUUUGAAAACGUCUCAUACAAACAGCAAAGAAAAUGCUUGUUCACUGAUUUGCGGUUUAUUACUUUAUUCUGUGCUGUAGCUGAAGCUUUUGCACCCAUUCAGCAUUGUUUUCCACUAUUUAUUUUUCACAGUUAUAUUGUUUUGUGUUUCGCAUUGGGGGACAAACAUGUCCAUCAAUGCCAUGUUCAAAAAUCAAGUACUUUUAGUAUCCAUGCUGGUAUUUUUAAGAUUUAAUUUGGUCAAACACUACAUACUCAAAACACAGACUGAGUAUAUAGUAUGCAAGUGGGACACAAAAGACUGUAGGCCUGACUGGAUAUUUUUAGAAUCACAUCAUAGGACAGUACUGAAAUGCUGGAUUUGAGCCUUACUUAUCCUUUCUGUCCUGUCUUUUUACUUUCUAUGACCUGAGAAAACACCACUUGUUUCUUUAUCAGUUGCCCUGGUAAAGGUUGCUAGCUGAACAUUUACCCAAUAAAACAUCUAGUCGUGUAGCAGCAUGGUUAUAUGCUCCACUUGCUGCUGUGAAACAUUUGGCUUCACAGCGAUCACCAAGUUUAAACCGCCCGUCAGAAUGUAGCCCGGCGAUGUCGUAAGACAACAGAGGUCUUUCUCAACAUUCAGUUCAAGUGCCUCUUUAAGUUGAGUUGUAGAUUUAUAACAAACUCUGUUGAUGUCUCAACAUCCUUUGGACCUAUUUUCUUUGAAUGUCUCUUUCAACUGCUGUAUACUACCAUUUUGUAAAUGAUCCUUAAAUGGCCGCUCUUCCUUCUAACCGGUUUGCUAAUACUUCAGUUUCUGCCUUAUCAGUUUUUCUUUAUCGAAGCAUAUUUAAGGAAGUUUUUUAAACCUUCUCAUUUUCCUGUGCCUCAGCCUGAGGAAAUGUUUGUGAUGCUAACAGAAUUGCUGACUCACUCUAAAUGUCACCUGCUUCUUAUCCACGUCACCCCUGCAUCUGUGCAUAUAGACACAGUUGAGUCAUUUCAUUGAUCAACUGUAUCAGGAACUAGUUUGUGGACACUCCACACACACUCCACACAAACACACACACACACACAACCUGGCUCCAGCCCACAGGCUGCACAGUGUGAGUCACAGAGCUGAUGAGGCUGAGCACGUAGGACUGUAUCCAAGGGCUUGUUUUGGUCCUCACUGUCAGCCCUGCUUUGAUCCAACAAGCUGUGUACAAACUCAUUGUGGCAUGUGUGACAGAGUUGUUAAUCUUCACUGACUGUUAGGAACUAAAGUGACCUUAAACGGAGUACUUAGUCUCUUUUUUUUUCUACUGUCAAUGUUUUAAGAGUUGCUAAGGUAUAUGUUCAAACUGUAAAUUAUAUAAUGUAGAAAAAGACCAAAAACAUUUGACACCAGUCUCUCCAUGCUGUAUGACUUGUAUGUCUGGUCUGUAGGCAUAUGUAACUGUAAUGGUGACAUGAUUAGUACCUUAGAAACGCUUCCUGCAAGGCUUUAUUGCAAACCCUCUAGGAUUUUCCUCUUGAAUUGAUUGUAUGUGGGAGGAAGUUAAGUUCCCCUCUGUAGCUAUGCAGUAGUUGGUCUUAUGCAUUGCUUUAUAUGUACGGACCAAACAGUUAAGACUUCUUUAGCGUAGUCUGAAGAUUAAAUAAACCUUCGAGAAGCUUGAAGCUGUUUGGUGUAGGGUGGAGUUGAUCGGAAUAACUGAAUUAAAAAGUUUGCACAAAAGAUUUGAUCAUCAAAUUAACCCAGUCUGACUAGAUUUCUCUUUUCAUCUUUUGAAAUGUUUAUGAAUAUUUAUAAUAAUGUGCUGUGAGUGCGCGCCAAGUGCACUUGAAGACUUGUACAAUUCUUUUAUGGGUGUAAAUAUACUGUCUAUCUAAUCUGACCCUCUGUUACUGUAACCUGAACGAUUGUUGUAAAAUAAACACUGUUUACUUUGCAAAUAUGUGCAUAGUAUAUAUUUGUUAAUUAAAUGAACUUUUGAAAUUGUAAAUAAAGCUUUCAUUGUUUCUAAAGGAA